CAAACUUGUAUUUCUUUUUACCAGAAUCCCAUCCCAUUGCAUCUCAAUUUUUAGACUUUUGCAUGAUUUUUCCCAUCAAUAAAAUUUAAUUACAAAUGAAAUAAUUAGAACUCAAGUUAUUUUCUUUGAGGUUGUCAUAAGGCUAAAAAUGUCAAGGUUUGAACCUAAGAAACCUUCACUUUGUACUUCAGGGCCUUUAUUGAAUGAUACAUUUAGGGAAUCCCUGAGUGUUUUACAUGCAAUUGUAAAGUCUUGUUAUGGUCCAUUUGGUCGGCUGAAACAGCUUCACAAUGGUAUAGGAGGAUGUGUCACUACUACAUCACAGUCACAUGCCUUGCUUAGUGGCUUUUCUGUCCGUCAUCCAGCUGUAAAGCUAAUAGCUGCUUCUAUCUGCAAUCACAUAUCUACUUUUAGUGAUUGUGGCCUUUUUGCUGCCAAUUUGUGCUGCAACUUGAUUGAUCAGUUCACAAAUUUAAAUAUUUCUCCCCAUACAAUAAUAAGAUUGAGCAAGCAUAUUUUAAAUCUAUGUAUUACUUAUUUGAAGUCUGAGGAUUGUGCCUGCAAAAUGGCAGUAGAUUUCAGCAACAGCAAGUCAUUACUUAGUGUUGCUUACUCUGUAGUCUCUAGUAAGCCUGCAUGUAUGCUUACUGCAAAUGAAGCAAAUUACAUCAGUACCUUGGCUGUAAAAGCCUUUCUUUUGACAGUUCCAAAUGAUGUAGGGUCAAGUGUUACUUUAGGUAAGAGCAUUAUAGUUCCUGUUGAAGGGGAGGAUGUAAUGGGAUCUUCAGUUGUUUCUGGACUCCUUAUUGAAAUGUCAGAUUAUUAUUUGACUCGAGAAUUACCAUCUACUCAGUUAACCACUAAACCCCUUAAAGUUGCCUUAUUUUCUAUUUCUUUAUCUGGAGACUUUUGUGAAACUGGAGAAGGAACUUUGGAUGUCUUUGAUAGUGUAAACCCUGACAUUGUUAUGUUGGAUCAGCUGUUUGCUUUGGGAAAACAGCUAGUGGAUGAUCAUGUAAUGCUUCUUUUGUGCCAAAAAGUGAUCCAUCCAGCCCUAAAACAAUAUCUUAAAGAACAGGAUGUCUUUGCAGUGGAUAGAUUAGGAGCAGCAGUUAUGGAACCCCUGAGUCAAAUGACAGGUGCGAAACCCAUAGCUUCUCUGAGUCCUGUGUCUUCAACUUGCUAUGGUGACCUAAAGAACGUAAGCAAAUUGUCCUAUGGAUUCAAGCAUUUUCUACAUCUGAUUCCCUUUGACACCUCCAUUUGCAGUUUUGUGUUAUGCAACCGAAAUGAAACUUCGUUGAAAGAGCUUAUGCUUCCUCGUUAA